UAUCUAAAUUCUAAUACAAUAUCAAUUGAAAAUUAUUCUCUGCUUGUUGCUGUCCGUCUUAUAAAUUAAUGGCCUUUGUGACAAAUGUUAAAAGUUUAAAAAUAUGUGUUUGCCUUGUGUGUUAUUGAACGUUUAAUUGACUACGAUCUCAGUUAUACACAACAGAAACUAUUCAUUUUUAUGAAUUGUUUAUAAUAGGUACGGAUUAUUCAAAAUGACGUCUAUUAACCGUAAGUCAACAUUAACUGAUCUAGCAGGAAAAAGCUGGGCUGAACUUUGCGAGAGUUCACAAUCUUCACAAUCACAGUUGGAGCCCACUUUAAGUCCUGAAGAGAAACAAGAUGACAGUGAUUUGUACGAUCUUGUUUUUCAACCUAUAAAAAAAGAAACUGAGAAAGUUGCUCCUCAAGACGAUCUUAGUUUAACCUCAUUUAUGAAUAAUGUCCACAUGGUGACACCAAUUAAGCAAGAAGACAUAACACCGCCAUCUACUAUUAUUGAUGAAGACACAAUUUGCAGUCCAUUUGUAAAAGAAGAAAAUAUAAAUAUAAAUGACUAUAAAAAUUCUACUAUAAAAUCUGAAGUAGAAAAUUUAAAAACGAAUUUACACCAUGCCAAAAGAAGAUUAACUUCUGAAUGUGGUUCUUUGACUUCUGAAAAUGGAUCCAUUACACCGGAGCGCGUGAAAAAAGUUAAACAUUCAGUUGACCAAAAAGAUAUACAUGAUAAUGUAGAAAGUCCAAAGUCAAAGUUGGAACGAGAGACUGAUACUAUGAUUUUAGUUAGAAGACAAAAGCAAAUUGAUUUUGGUAAAAAUACUAUCGGAUAUGAAAGAUAUUUAGAAGAAGUUCCUAAACAUGAACGUAAGAAGGAACAUCCCAAGACCCCUCCUAAGAAUUUGAAAUACACGCGUAGGGCAUGGGAUGGUCUUGUCAAAAAUUGGCGAGUAAGACUUCAUUGUUGGGAUCCUGAUAGCAAACACCAUGAUGAUGACACAUUAACGACAGGCUCUAGUUCUAAUUUGUGCUCGCUUGGAUCAAUGACUAGCUUAGACUCAACCUCCCAGGCAUCUGAUUCUAGACCACCUUCACCACCAUCAAAAUCUCCUGAGCCACACAAACGAGAAAAAUGUCAUGCAGUUUCAUCGCCUGAUCCAGUGAAAUUUAAGAAAACCAAAACAGAAAACAAAUAAUGUAUAAAAAGUUUUAAACUAUUAUAACCAGUUUUUUUUUGACCAUUCAUCAAAAUACUUUUAGAUAUAAUAAACUGUAUUUUGUUCUAUUUUUAUAGAUUAUUUAUUAGAAUAAAUUAAGCAUUUUUCUCAUAUUUUCAUUGCUUGAAAAAUGUCCAGUAUGUUAGAAUUUUUUUUUUUUUUUUGUUAUAGGAUUUUCAUAUUACUUUC